UCGCCACACCACACACCACACCAUUUCCGUACUUGUCUGCUCCGUCCGCCUCCGAAGCUUUGCGGCUCCAGGGUUUAGCUAGGGUUCUUCUACCCACGACCGUCCCCGCCCGCCCCGCCGCCGCAGCCAUGGCCGGCGCCGGCGCCGGAGAGGACGACGCGGCGUGGGAGCGCGCCAUCAGCGCGGCCGUCAAGAGCGCGCCCCUCUCCCCCUUCUCCGCGCCCAAAACCCUAACCCUCGACGGCGCCGUCAAGUCCUCCACCGGCCGCCUCCCCUCGCCGGCCCUCUUCGACCGCUUCCCCUCGCUCGAGGAGCUCUCCGUCGCGGGCGCCCGCCUCUCCUCGCUCGCGGGCCUGCCCCGCCUCCCGGCCCUCCGCCGCCUCUCCCUCCCCGACAACCGCCUCGCCGGGGCCGACUCCCUCGCCGCCGUCGCCGAGUCCUGCGGCGGGACCAUCCGCCACCUCGACCUCGGCAACAACCGCUUCGCCGCGGUCGAGGAGCUCGCCCCGCUCGCGCCGCUCGGGGUCGAGUCGCUGGACCUGUACCAGUGCCCCGUCACAAAGCUCAAGGGGUACAGGGAGAAGGUGUUUGCGCUGGUUCCCAGCUUAAAAUACUUGGACGGCGUCGAUGCCGAGGGCAAUGACCGUCUGGAGUCUGAUGAAGACGAGGAGGAGGAUGAGGAUGAGGACGAGGAGGAGGACGAAGAAGGGGCGGAGGACGGUGAAGGGGAAGGGGAAGAAGAGGACGGAGAGGAAGAGGAUGGAGAUGAAGAAGAAGAUGGCGAGGAAGAGGAAGGAGAUGAAGACGAGGAUGGUGAUGAGGCUGGAGACGAAGAAGAUGAGGCUGAGGACGACGAACCUGAUUCAGGCGCAGCCGAGAAGAGCGAGGUUGCCAACGGAAACAAGUCUGCAGGAUCUGCCCUGCCAAUCAAGAGGAAAAGGGACAAUGAAGAUGCUGCUGGUGGAGACAACUGAAUUUGAUCUCGGUUCAAGGUUUGUGGGUUUGUCUUUGCACGCUUUUCAGAGGGUUUUGUGCGGGAGGCGUAGAAGCAGGCAACCUUGGUAGUUUUCUGCAAGGAUUUUCUGGGAGUUUCCAAAUUUUAUUCAAGACGCGCGGGGAUCCUCGGACCUGCUCCUUCAUGUGAAAUUUCUGGUACUAUAAAUCGAGGCGUUGACUCGGAUCACGAGAACCGUCUGUCUUCAUCAUGGCUGUAAUGUAAAGGAGGUACUCCGUUUUUCAUUGGUA